AUCAUUUUCAUCGCGUGAAGUUUUUGUUUUUGAUCAACAUGGAAGAGAAAGCAACAACAACAAAAACAGCACUAUGUUUUAAUAAUUUACGAAAUUUGCUCCUAGCUUCUGUUCAGCAAAGAUUUGGUCCAAUGAAGGCAGCUGGCGAAUUAAUGUCAAUAUGGAAGGCAUGCGCCAUCUGCUGGUAAUUAUCUGACAGUUGAGUGUUGUGUCAGUGAAAACUAUGCUUUGAAGUCAGUUUAGCAUGGUAGGUAUAUCCUGGUACCCCUGCCGUUUGCACCACCCCUCUUACAUGGGUGCCCAGCUAUCCUAGGGAUUUGGAGUAGUAGAGUUAUUUAUUAAUAUACAAUCCAUAUCCAAAAAGGUGGCCAUACCCAGCUAGCCUGAGGCUACAGCUGAAAUGGUUAUUUAAAUGGUACAACAAUACUUACUCCAAUUAACUCACAUUUUACAAAACAAAACGACUUUAAAAAUAGUUAUAAAAUUAAGCAGUCUGCUCAUAUGUUUUUUUUUUUUUAUCAUUUUUUUUUUCCAUCCUAUACUGAAAUUAAAUACUAUGGCUCAUCUAAGGUUUGGAGGACCACUACUUGCAUUAAUGAUGCCGUCUUAUUUACAUCACAAAGGUUGGCGGGCUACUCGACGUCACAGUUGUGCUUCAUUGGCCAUGUUGGUAGGAGCUCUCAAGCUCUCAAGCAAAGCUAGUUAUACAGCAACGCUCUGCCCGGUUAACCGGUCGACUCCGUCCUCCAAGUCUCUUGUCAGCUUGCAAGGAAUGGCGGUUAACGAAGACAGUGAGGCUACCCUGUCACUGAACGACAUACUGGAGGAUGACGAACUGCGAGAAGCUAUGUCGGUGUUGGCGGGCAGCGACCCUGAGAAAUGCUCAUAUCCCCAGGGUUAUGUAAAGAGGCAAGCUGUGUUUGCCUGCAACACUUGUACACCAAGGGGAGAAGAACCGGCGGGUCUUUGCCUUGCUUGUACCAACAAAUGUCACGAUGGCCACGACAUCUUUGAGCUCUACACCAAAAGGAAUUUCCGCUGCGAUUGUGGAAAUGACAAGUUUGGCGAGUUUCGGUGCAAUCUGAUUCCUAACAAAGAUGGACGAAAUAUAAAAAACCAGUACAAUCACAACUUCUACGGCUUGUAUUGCUUCUGUGACCGACCGUAUCCAGAUACAGACGACCAGGUAGAUGAGGAGAUGAUUCAGUGCAUCAUCUGUGAGGAUUGGUUCCAUUCCAGGCACCUGGGAUCCACAGUGGAGGACUCGGAGGAGCUGCAGGAGAUGGUGUGUGAACCCUGCAUGAACAGAGCUCCCUUCCUGUGGACCUACGCCGCACACCUCGCAGGGAUCACAGUAAGCCCCUGUCAGGAGGUGGAUGUGGAGAAGGUGGAUGUGGAGGAUGUGGAGGAGGUGGAGGAGGAUGUGGUGGACAGUAGCGAGCAGAAGGACAAGAGGGGCAAUGGAGGCGAGGGGUCGUCCUCCAGGCCUGCCUGUCAGAAGCAGGAGAAAUUAAGGGAGGACGAGAAUGAAAACGCCUCCUGCAAGCGAAGCCGUCAGGAGAUGUCCGGCAGCCAGGUGAAGGGCCAGGCCGGGCCUGUGGCAUGCAGGCUGAUGGAGCUGCAGGGUGGGGCCCUGGAGGGCGGGGCCCGGGAGGGGAGCAGGGAGGGGGCUGUGUUCUGGCCGUACCACUGGCGCUCACAUCUCUGCACCUGCAUCACCUGUAAGAGGGCGUAUGUCCAGGCCGGAGUGCAGUUCCUAUUGGACGAGACGGACACCCUCCUGGCCUAUGAGAACAAAGGAAGGACGGAGCCGUUUGGCGAAGACCUGCUGACGUCAUGCCUGAGUUCCCUGGACCACAUCCAGCAGCUGGAGAUGAUUUACCAUUUCAAUGACCUGAAGACGGAACUGACUGAGUUCCUGCAGCAGUUUGCCAGUGAAGGAAAGGUGGUCACAGCUGAAGCCAUCCAGCAGUUCUUUGAGGAGCUGCAGGCCAGGAAAAGGCGCAGGAUCAGUGAAGGGCAGCAUCACUGCACCUGAAGUUCUUCAGGACGCUGCUGUAGCCCACAUGCUGAUGCGCUGCUAGAACAGCAAACUAACACCUUUUUCCUUUUGAAUAAAAGCUCAGUUUUAAGACACCUAUAUCAAAAUGUUGACUAAAUGAUAAGGUAUUUUAUCCAUGUUAUAAUGGGUCUAGAUGUCUCCAAUAAGCAUUGAAUGUCCUCAAACUGAGAAAUAGAUAUGAAAGCAAGAGCCAUGCACGGCUGGAUGGAUGUUCUCUGACAGAAAACAUAUUUGAAACAUCUAAGUGCUUUUGUCAAUUUAGAAAUGUGUUCAUUCCUGUGAAUGUGAAGUUUAAUGCUGCUCUUUCUUGCAUGGUCAUAAGGCCCUCUGGUUCUAUUCAGUUUUCUGCUUUUAUACUAAUUUGUUGGCCAUAUUUUUGCUGUGUGUGAAUCUGAAUAAAUGGAAACAGUAUGAACAUUGUUUACACCACCUUUUACAGUAUAAACCAUCUUGCAUGCUACUAAAUAAUGUACCGAUUCAGUAAGCAUAGUAAGUGAAUGAAAACGAGACUUAAAUGCCAGAAGUUUUAAGCUGUUUAUUUUAUAGAUGCCAAAGUUCAAAACCUGUGCACCUUUUGAGGUAACAGUAGAAAAAUAAAACCAGAUAAACUAACCACUUGGCAGCUGAAUCUACAAAAGGGUUUGAGUAGAACACUACACUACCCAUGCACAGUGUGCCUGGUCGAUCGUAAACCACCACAGAUUUCUAGAUUGUUCCAUUUCAAAGGUUUCUAAACAUAAAUUAAAAAAAAAAUAUACACAGAGUUGAGUGUGAGUAUUUGAUGCAAACAAGUAGGCUGGUAGGAAAAUGCUUGCAUAACAUCAGUCACUUCAAUACAAGCCUGGUAGGGAAAGGCACUCACUUCUCUACAGCACAGCAAGAGGAUGUGGAGGAAUUUGUACUAAAUGGGAACACUGUCCUGGAAAAUAAAAUGACUGUUAUACAUGAACAUGGGCAAGAGAAUAAAGUUCAGCAUUUUCCAAUGAUGGAAACUGGAUGGAAAGAAGGGUUUUCUGCCUGGUGAUUCUGUAACAGCGAAGCAGAGAGAACAUGAACAGAUCUUUUGCGGUGCUACUUUAAAGUAUUACGGUUUGAUGAAGGAAAAAAAUAUUUUUCCACAGUUAUGAUAUUCCACCAUGUCAACUACAAUAAUUAACAACACUACAAAAAUAAACAGACAACCAAACUAAAGAAAUAAGGAGACAGAAACCUGAUACCCGAGUCACACAGUUUACAAUACAUUCCGUCUCCUCAAUGUGACAAUACACACGUACAAUGACACGCUCAUAUCAAAUGUUUAAGACUUAUCUUGAUGUGGGACUAUGUUUAGCCUGUGUUCUGCACCUCUCUGUGUCAUCAAACAUCUCUGGAGGAGGGGAUCCCUCACUGAAUUGCUCCUAAAUAUUUCUUCAAUUUUUUCUGGGAGUUUUUCCUUGUCUUCCUUGAGGGUUUAGGGUUGGUUGAGGGGCAGUUCUAUGGGCGUAUGUGAAGCCUUCUGUGACAUUGCUUGUAAAAAGGGCUGUACAAUUACAUUUUAUUUGAUGCUCAAAUGUAUACACACAACUCGCAGAAUGUUUAAAGG